UGCUGCAUACACAAAUCUGUGCAUAUUUUUGUCUUAUCUUUGUCUUCUAUUUAUUUACAAAUGAUAUACUUAGUCAGAUCCUCUUUUUCUGUGCUCCAUCUCUAUUACCUCUCACACUCUCUCCAGCUCCCUCCCUCUGUCACCUUGCCCAAGGCUUUGUUUUGAGUGCACAUCCACUUUCUCGCAAAGGGAAUCAAUAGGCAAACACUUUGGCAGUCCAUCGACCCUCGCCAGUCUCUCUCUCUCUCUCUCUCUCUCUCUCUCUCCUUCUGGCUGCCAGUUUUUUUUUUAUUCCAGCCGCAUUUGAAUUCAUACUGCAAUAUGUUUGAUCAUGACUUAUUCAAAUGAAGCAUUUUCAUUAUGUCUCGUACUGUGGAAAAGGACGAGGAGUUCAUAAUGCUGUGCACAAAUGGCUAAAACACAGUCCCAUACAUUUCCCUGCGCUUUGUUCAAAUGACUCAUAAAUUUUAACAGAGAUGUUGUCAGUCGUUUGGCUCCUGUUCAAAGGAUUCCGUUUCCUAUGUGCAGUUGUCACCAUUCAAUGGCAUAUCCAGCCUUCAGCCUCAAACCCAUAAAGGGGUUAGAUAAUUGAUCUUUUUGUGAGACCAGACAAUCUAACAAACAUUAGAUUUUCGUCAUUUCACCACAUGAAUAUUCACAGGAAAAUAAGGAUAGAUUGACUUAUUUCGUUUAGUGUUAUCUUGAUCUGCAUGUGUGCCUUCGUGAGUGUGCUGUGCUGUCAUUUUCUAUUUUCAUCUAACCUUUGCUCUAGUAUUGUUUGUUUUUGUUUUUGUUUUUUUAAAUUUAUUCAAAUGUUUUUUUGUUUUUUUUUUUUUUUUUAAACUCAGAUCUAGCUGUCGGCUUUUCUUUAUUAAAAAGGCUUUGUGUCACAUUUUCUUGUUUCCAUAACAACAGUGGCGGCCGGUGAUUGUGGGCCCCCGGUUGGUGUCCCUGAAGUGGAGGAAAGGUGUGGACUGAUUGGAGCAUGAAAAUAAGCAAGGGCAUAGAGAUACCAUAACUACUUUCACACAUCCCUCCCUCACACCUCACGCCCACUGGACAGUAAGAGCGCGGUUGGGAAACGGAAGGAAUCGCAGCAGCAGGAAACUCGGUGGCACUUUCGGCGCUGCUGCUCUGCAUGACCACAGGGUGACGGUCGCCUCUUCAGGAAUAAACACCACCAGGAAAUCAUAGUUCAAAGUGACCGCCCGAGCACGCCUUCACCUACACUGUUGUAGGAGAAAGCAAGGGAGAGAGAAGGAUGAGGGAUAUAGAGUCAACAAUCUGAACAAACAGUGGCCACAGCUGUCCAUGAGCUGAUAAUGCACACAUGCAGUGAGAGGCAAAAGAGAGGAAGAGAGAGAGAGAGAGAGAUGUUGCUGACAAAGAUAACAGAGAGAGGCUCACAUGCAGUUUUUAAACACUGACACAAGCAAUUUUAAUGUCCAGAAUUCCAGGCUGAGGAGUCGAGGGGUGAUGGAUUGCCCUUCAGAUCUUUUCCAGCAGCAGCCGUCCCAGGUGUGCCACUUUGACCUGUACCACAGUCCACCGGAGUCCACCUCCACUGGCCCCAUCAUUUCUCCUCUAUUGCACCCCAACAGUGCUUCCCAGAGGUGGGGUGGAUAUAGGCAGGGACAGUGCUUAUUCUCUGAGCUGCCAGCACAUGAGGAGGGACAAGAGGUCGAUGCAGACAGGUUUGGGAGAAAAUCAGCUACAGGAGGAACCCCGAUUCCACAGUACCGACUUGGGGAGAGGAGAAGAGGUUCUGGUGACUGGAGUCAGGACCUUCUGAGAGUGAAGCAACUUAGAGUGGACAGUACUGUAAAGAGAGAGGCAGAGGCGGAAAGAGAAGGGCACAGAGAUAGGAGGAGUGUAGCUCAAUUGGUAAGAGCAGAGAAGAAUGUAGAGGAAAGAGGGCGGAGGAAGGAGAGCAGGGAGGGGAGGCAGCGGCAACGGCGUGAGCUGAAACUCCAGUUAGAGGAAACCAGAGGGAAACUGCUAGAGCUUCAGCGCAAAGUGUGGCAAGUUUACGGAGAACAUCAUGAGGAAGAGAAAGGAGGAGAAGGAGAUGAUGGAGUGAUGGAUGAGACAGCAGAGAUGUUCUCUGAAGGAGAAUCCGAUGAUCAUCUUGGCAGUGGGCUCUAUCCUGCUUUGGGUGCUAAUGAAAAAAAACAUGAAAGUACAGGGAAUGAGAAUUCUGAGGUGUUUCCCGAAACCCCCGUGGACCUGGACCUUGACAUGGAGCUGGACGGAGGUGGAGUGUGGCUAGGCUGCAGUCUGGUGCAAGGGGAGUGGGAGAAUAUAGGUGGCAGUGAGAAAUUUGCUCAGGCUCUGAAGCAGGAGCUGUCCAGCGCAGUGGCUCGAGUCAUUGACAGGGUUCUCCAUCUCUAUGCUGAAACUGACCAAACACCACCUUCUACUGCAGUUCUAGCCCAGGAGAUUCCCAGUAGUAGGUCACUAGACCCAAACCCAGAUAAGAAGCAAAGGCCUGGGGUGGCUGCCAGUAUGAUAGAACAAGCUGAGGCACUGCCACUGGUUGCAAAGAGACCUCAAGAGAAAAGAAACCCCCUAAUUCAAGGUAGACAUAAGAACCUUCUGAUCCCUCAGGCUAACUCCAACUUACCCCUCUUACCCCAGCCCCAUCUUUCUGCACUCUUACCACCAAGGAACAAAGACUCCUUCCUGCCAUCCUGCCCUCCAAACCCUCCUCCGCUGCCUCUGCCUCUUCUCCAUUACACCAUGCAGCACCUCUUUACUCGUUCUCUUUCCAGUAUGCCACUCCACAAAGACGGGCUCCCCAAUGAACCCUUCAUGGACUUUCGCUCGCACAACCCCUCAUUCCCUCCUCUGCCUCUGCUUGGCCAGUUAAACCCACCUCUCGCUGAUAGAGGGAGAGAUGAGGGGAUGAGAGUAGGAAUCGAUGGAGGAGAUACAGCUCUCUAUCUUGGUCCUGGGGCAUCUCAGGAGGGUCUCUCUCCAUGUCAUCUGAAGAAAGCCAAGCUAAUGUUCUUCUACACACGCUACCCCAGCUCCAGCACACUCAAGACUUACUUCCCCGAUGUGAAGUUUAACCGCUGUGUCACCUCUCAGCUCAUUAAGUGGUUUAGUAACUUCCGGGAGUUCUUCUACAUUCAGAUGGAGCGUUUUGCACGUCAGGCAGCUCGUGAGGGUCCUGUCACAGCCAGAGAGAGGGGACUGCGUCUGAGCCGAAAUUCUGAGCUCUUUCGCAUUCUGAACAUGCACUACAACAAGAGCAAUGACUACCAGGUGCCAGACAGGUUUGUGGAGGUGUCUGAAGUGGCACUACGGGAGUUCUUCACCGCUAUCCAGAGUGGACGUGACGCUGAUCCCUGCUGGAAAAAGUCCAUCUAUAAAAUCAUCUGCAAACUCGACAGCCCUGUGCCUGACAGCUUCCGCUUGCCAGGCUGCCCCAUGGACACACACCGCAUGGUCUAAAGAUGUUCAUGAGCAGUUUCACACACCCACACAUGCGUGCGCGCACACACACACACACACACACACACACACACAUACACACACACACAUAUAUACAGUGUAAGGAUUAAUGUGGAUAAAUACACAAACACAUUGACAAAAUGGAUUACAGUUAGCAUACACACCCACACACAUAUUGCCUGAUAAGAAUCAGUUCAGAUAAGCUGACAAAAAUACAUGUAUAUUCAAACACAUACACACACUACAUGCCAAAAGUUCAAAAGCAAAAGAAGCCUUCCAAAAAUAAGCCCCCCAAAGAAAUUAUUGACCAUAAUGUGUUUAUUAAGACAUAGGGGUUUGGCCAAGUGUAUGCAGUAAUAAUCUACUAACUGACUGUUAAUUUGUUUUUGCAUUUUACAUUUAAAAAUUGAGUUGAUCUAACAUAUGUGAUCUCACAUUCAGAUGCUCCUGAAAAACUGAUUCAGGUAUAUUAAAUUAGGAGUAAAUAGAUAAAUUGGUCAGUGUUAGCAUUCAAAGACCAUGAAGGCUUUUCCCAUACAGCAUGUUAAAAUAUGAGCACCUCAUUGCAAACCAAUGAAUGAGUUUACAUAAAAUAAGUCAAAAUGUCAUUAUACAUGUUGUGCUGUACUUGCUUUCACGCUUUUGGCAUGUAGUGUAUACACACAUGCUUAAAUAUCAUAUAUACCAUUUGUAUAAUCUGAUAGUGAAUUAAUGGUGAUUUAUUACCUUCCAGAUUUUAAGGGACAGAAAUACAUAUGGCACAAAUAAAGAAGUCAGUGGCCUUGUUGAAUGUAUAAACUCGAAAUAGGUCAUUGACAGGCAUUUUGGAAUUUUGGCUAUACUGUUCCAGAGAGAUGUGUUAUUUGAAGGAAGAUAUUUAAAAGGAUUUUUCUAUUUAACAUGCUGAAACCUUAUUCACGUGUAUUUAUCCAGAAAGUGACGAGAAAACAACCGUGGCCCUAGAUGUGGUUUACUGUAAUUUUAUAUUCAAUUUGCUUAUUUGUCAUAAUGUUUGCUAUUAAGUGGCUAUUUCAUAAGACAUUGAGUGUAAAAAUGUGAAUUUUGAUGUGAUGUAGUACUACUUGUAAUUAAACGUGAAAGUUCAAGCAGUUAUACUGGCAGCAUUUUAUUACAUGCAUGCAAAACUAUGCAAACUCCAUUGUCUUCUUGACAAUCACACAUGAUAAAUUGUAUU